UGACGUCACCACGCCGGCGGCCGCCAUUACAGAGAGCAGAGCUCCUGGGCUAGGGCGAGCUGAGGAGGGUUCCGGCCAGUGGCCGAGCGCUGAGGGGCGAGCUAGCGGGCCAGCGCCAGCGCCGAGCAACCGCCUGUACCCGCACAAGUACCUCGGAAACCGGCCGCGGCGUGUGCGUGUGGCCCGUGUGCGGGCGGCGGCGCGGGAGGAGCGCGGAGCGGCAGCCGGUUCGGGCGGGUGGCAUCAUGGACGAGAAGGUGUUCACCAAGGAGCUGGACCAGUGGAUCGAGCAGCUGAACGAGUGUAAGCAGCUGUCCGAGUCCCAGGUCAAGAGCCUCUGCGAGAAGGCUAAAGAAAUCCUGACAAAAGAAUCCAAUGUGCAAGAAGUUCGAUGUCCAGUCACUGUCUGUGGAGAUGUGCAUGGGCAAUUUCAUGAUCUCAUGGAACUGUUUAGAAUUGGUGGCAAAUCACCAGAUACAAAUUACUUGUUUAUGGGAGAUUAUGUUGAUAGAGGAUAUUAUUCAGUGGAAACAGUUACUCUGCUUGUAGCUCUUAAGGUUCGUUACCGUGAACGCAUCACUAUUCUUCGAGGAAAUCAUGAGAGCAGACAGAUCACACAAGUAUAUGGUUUCUAUGAUGAGUGUUUAAGGAAAUAUGGAAAUGCCAAUGUUUGGAAAUAUUUUACAGAUCUUUUUGACUAUCUUCCUCUCACUGCCUUGGUGGAUGGGCAGAUCUUCUGUCUACAUGGUGGCCUCUCACCAUCCAUAGAUACACUGGAUCACAUCAGAGCACUUGAUCGUCUUCAAGAAGUUCCCCAUGAGGGUCCAAUGUGUGACUUGCUAUGGUCAGAUCCAGAUGACCGUGGAGGUUGGGGUAUAUCUCCUCGAGGAGCUGGUUACACCUUUGGGCAAGAUAUUUCUGAGACAUUUAAUCAUGCCAAUGGCCUCACAUUGGUGUCUAGAGCUCAUCAGCUGGUGAUGGAGGGAUAUAACUGGUGCCAUGACCGAAAUGUAGUAACGAUUUUCAGUGCUCCAAACUAUUGUUAUCGUUGUGGUAAUCAAGCGGCAAUCAUGGAACUUGAUGAUACUCUAAAAUACUCUUUCUUGCAGUUUGACCCAGCACCUCGCAGAGGCGAGCCACAUGUUACUCGUCGUACCCCAGACUACUUCCUGUAAUGAAAUUUUAAACUUGUACAGUAUUGCCAUGAACCGUAUAUUGACCUGAUGGAAAUGGGAAGAGCAACAGUAACUCCACAAAGUGUCAGAGAAUAGUUAACAUUCAAAAAAACUUGUUUUCACACGGACCAAAAAGAUGUGCCAUAUAAAAAUACAAAGCCUCUUGUCAUCAACAGCCGUGACCACUUUAGAAUGAACCAGUUCAUUGCAUGCUGAAGCGACAUUGUUGGUCAAGAAACCAGUUUCUGGCAUAGCGCUAUUUGUAGUUACUUUGCUUUCUCUGAGAGACUGCAGAUAAUAAGAUGUAAACAUUAACACCUCGUGAAUACAGUUUAACUUCCAUUUAGCUAUAGCUUUACUCAGCAUGACUGUAGAUAAGAAUAGCAGCAAACAAUCAUUGGAGCUUAAUGAACAUUUUUAAAAAUAAGUACCAAGGCCUCCCCUCUACUUGUGAGUUUUGAAAUUGUUUUGUUUAUUUUCAGGGAUACCGUUUAAUUUAAUUGUAUGAUUUGUCUGCGGUUUAUUUUCCCUUCUCAAAUCUCAGCCUCAUGUUGUUCUUUGUUACUGUCAGAACCUGGUGAGUUGUUUUGAACAGAACUGUUUUUUUUCUCCCUCCUGUAAGACAGUGUUACUGCACAAGAGCACUGCAGUGUUUUUCAUAAUAAACUUGUGAACUAAGAACUGA